AAAUUGGAGUUCACUUUUAUUGACCAUAUAAAAAAUCGUGGACAAAAGGAUUUUUGCCUCCUUAUCAACCGACUUUUUCGAUUCGCGAGUAGGGUGUUACCUAGACGAGGUUGCAAAUUAUUAGUGAUGAAGUUAUUUUCCAUUGAUGAGAGUUCACUCCAAGCAGGAGAUCACAUUUACAGCUUCAGAAACGCACACAUCUACUCCCACCACGGAAUAUAUGUGGGGGAAAAUAGAGUUAUACAUUUCACAAGAACAGGAGGUAAUAAUGAUGAUGAUGAUGAUCACAUCAAAAAAAUCAAGAAGAGUAGUAAUUAUAGGUGUGAAGACUGUGGAUACAAUCCAAAGAAGAGAAUAGGGGUUGUUAAGUCAUGCCUAGACUGUUUCCAUAAAGACCAUCGACUUUUUCGAUUCGAGUACGGUGUUUCAUCAAAGAAAUUCCUCCUCAGCCGCCGCACGGGAACAUGCAGCACUGGAUCUUGCAUCUACUCCCUAGACGAGGUUGUUCGACGAGCCACUGAUAUGUUAAACUCGGUCGAGGGGUUUGGGGACUACAUCCUUUUAGAAAACAACUGCGAGACAUUCGCAGUGUUCUGUAAGACUGGCAAACGAGUAAGUUUGCAAGCUUUUUCUAUGAAAAAUAAAGGGAUCAUUGCUUUUAAGGACUUCACAUCCCAAUCUUUCUCUUUGAAGAACACUGCUACAACUAUGUUUAAUUUGGCCGUGACACAAAAAUUUGAUACACUUCGAUAUGAUAUAAGGGUGCAUCAACAAGAUUAUGAUGGAGAUGAUCGAUAAUGAUCAACCAGAAUGAUGAUCAGAGAAGAUGUUUCUUUUUAUAUUUAUAUUGUUGAUAUUUGGUUGGUGAU